AAGCGACAUCUAGAAUGUUGGAAAUCACUUCGCGUCGAUCUAGAAGGCGAUCCACUGUCAUGGUCCUCACAGACGCCGCCAGGCGGCUUGUGCGGUAGUGUAUAAGCAGAGAUCGGCCAUUAUGCUCUGUCGAGUAGGAGACUCGCCCAACAGAUGGCGCUAUUUGUUACAUUGUGAUUGAGACUAGUGAAUAUUAGCAAUAAGCUUUAGCGUCUGCUCUAGAUUUCUAUGUAUUUCAUUUCAUACAAUGAUACAAACUUUUCGUGGAAUGGACGAUCAAAUAAUAAAAGUGCGAGCUUCGACUAAAAAAAACAUUGGCAGCAAAGGAGACGGUAACCCCUAAAAGAAGCGGACAAAAUGUCCACCACAGCUAGCGUCAAAUACGUCGCGACACCUAACGGCAAAAUAAACAACAAUUCCAGCAUACCAUUAAGGAAGCCACUGAGCAGACAGUCUUCCACGGUAAGCAGCCCUUCCAGGAUUCCAGUGAACGACCCGGCGCACAGGUGGAAGCUCAAAUUUGAAGAGGCGGAAGAACGUAGGAAGCAGCUGCUCACAGAGAAAGAAAAAACUCUGCGAAGUCUCAACGAGCUGGAAAAGAAGUAUAUGAACUUACAGAUCAAGCACGAGCAACUAGAGACUGAACUGUUCGAGAAGAACGAAGAAUUUACCAGGCUUUCGACUGCAUCAAAGAACUUGUACAAAGAAUACGAAAUACUCAAGAAUCAGUAUGAGACUGAAACUAGAGCUAUGUCAGGAGCUCUCAAAGAUGCGACUCAAUGGUACAAAGAAAACAAAGAACUCAAACGCAAAACUAUGCUGUUGAUGGACAAAGAUGCGGUAGAUGAGGGCGUCGAUGCAGGAGAAGGAGAAUCGACCGGAGACAACGAUAUCGAGAACUUGAACAAGACCAUCAAGCAACUAAGCGCUGAAGUAGCCGAGUUACAAACUGAAGUGGACCAGUUGAAACAACAGGAGUUCCAGACUACCGAAGAGAACGUCAAAUUGGGAGAGGAUUUGGAAAGCGAAAGACGGAAAACGGAAAAAUUGGAGUCGAAGCUGGGCGAUCUUCAGAAAGAGCACAACCAACUACUUAGGGUCAUGGAAAUGAUGAGGAAAGAGUUGGAGGAAUAUAAACAGAAAGAAGAGGAUCAUCGGCAAAGUCUUGCUGCAUUAAAGAAAGAAUCGGAUGCGCAUAAGAGAGAGAGAAACGUCCUAGCUCAUCAAAGUACGUUAAUUUUGCAAGGGUUAAACGACAGUGACAACGCUGGAGAUUACAUGAUGCUUUUGCAAGAAAUCGAAGAUCUGAAAAGAACGUUGGAGGAUGAUAGGAAUAAAUAUGAAGAAGAGAUUAACAUGUUGCAGGAGCGCUUGGAAGAACAACAAUCCUUCCCGCCCGACCCUCAAGUGGAGAUCCUCGAGGAACGCCUGCGAUUGGCCGAAUCCGAGCUGGUCUCCGCCCAGCAGCGAGUCGAAGAGGCGGAGCAACGCCUGCGGUGCCCCCCACCACCUCCUCCGCCUCCCCUACCACCGAUGGCGCCGCAAGCGCCUCUGCGGAGACGCAGGAGCCGUCUGCUUAUCGAUGGAGGCGCUACCGCAGCGAAACAGUUGGAGGAGGGGCAGACAUUGUCGGAGCAGAAGGCGGAACCAAGUGCUGUCGGUGGGACGCCGGAGAAGAAGCCUGCCGCAGCUGUUCCUUGUGCCAACGAAGAUAUUAUUAACGCCAUAAAGUCGGGUCAGUUCACGCUGCGUAAACCGAAGAAGGAAAAAGAGAAUAAAGACAAAGAACAACAACCUAAGGCAGUGUCGGAACUGCUGAACAUCCUCAGUAGUUUGAGAAGGGCGCCGAAAAAGAGGCAGAGCCAAUAUAUAGGAGAUGUACAGUUAUAACUAUUUAUACAUACCAUUUGUGUAUUUUUAUAUUAGUUUUUCAUAAUUUUUAUAUGAGAAUUUGUUAAAAUAAAAUGUAUAUAUUUCAAUUUUGU